UAUUGCCUCUUUUAUACCCAGAAAAGAGAAGUAUAUCCAUAGUUUUAUACAAAAAAGAAAAAAACCAGCAAUCAGCUUAAUACAGCAGAUGAAAAUUGAAAAAUGUUAGAGGAUAUUCUGUUUAAUUUUUAUGUAUAUACUCGAACGUAUAAAUGUAUGUAUCAAGUUUGCAUUAUCAAUGGAAAAGAACAACAAUGCUGUCCUUAUCAUGUGCCAAAGCCUAGGAUAAACAUCAUAAGUGUCAAGGCUAGCAUUUGCUUCUUGACAAAAGAAGAACAACAGCGUUGUCUUGUCUAGCUUAUGCAUCAAAGUUCAUUACCACUAAUUCUAUUAUGUGCAAGCUGUUGCGUGUCUCAUUUUCUAUUUUCCAUUUCUAGUUUUGUGGAGGGAAAGAAAUCUCUCUGCUGCAGUUUCUUAUUGCCUGUCUAUGCUCAGUCUCAAGAGGAAACUUGAAGGGAAAACUUGAAAGAAGUCAAAGAGCCAGUUAGCUAUAUUUUCCCCACAAGCUUGCCAUAUAUCACCAAGUUUUUUCAGAGUAUUUGGUUUAGUUGUGGUUGCUAGAUUUGUCUUGUUGUCCUUUUACUUGGAAAGCAGCAAAAUUCAUAUUUCACUUAUCCACUUGAUUCCAGUAAGCAUGUUGAUUGAAGUUCUAUACCCUUUGCCUCCAGUGAACUAAGCUUGUUUUCUAAGAACCAAAAUAUAGUUUCUUUGUGCAACCAGCCAGGAUCUCUUUCAUUUUCCCUUCGUACGGUGGCUGAAUAAGAUGGAGGAAUAUCCUCAGUUGCUGAAUCUAAAUCCUAUGAGCAAUGAAUGGCUUGUAAUUCAUAAAGUCUCACAGGACAGAAAGUUGGAGUUGAGGCUUGGUCCUCCAGGAGAAUUCCUUGGCUACAACAACAAGACAACUCAUGGAACAAAGAGAGCUUUCCAACACACAGCAGAAACAAAAAGAGGAGGGAAAGACCGAUCGAGAGAUACUAGUGAAAAUCAAUGCCAAAAGAUUUCAUGUAUUGAGAAAACAGGUGAUACAGUGAAUUGUACUAAAACUCCAUGGUUCUCUGGCUCUACGCCAUAUUCUGCCUUUCAGACAGACACCAAGAAUGAGUCACAACAUUCAAAGGCUUCAUUUGUCCAAAACUCACCAAUCUCCAAGAUGCUUGCUGUCAUGACCGAGGACUUUUCACAGCCAUGUAGCUCUAGGAUGGCUGAGCUUCAGUUUCCUGGUAGGAAGGCAUGUUCUAGUCUUGCUACUGCUGAUGCAGAUACCACUACAAACAAUACCUCAAAUAAAAGAUAUUCCCCAGUUGUUGGGUGGCCUCCAAUUCGGUCAUUCAGGAAAAAUCUUGCAAGCAACAGCUUGUCCAAACCAGCUUCUGACUCACCAAAUGAAAAGGACAAUGGAGGAAAACCAGAAAAUUCCAAUACUCAGUUGUUCAUAAAGAUCAACAUGGAAGGAAUCCCUAUUGGAAGGAAAGUGAAUCUUAGCGCCUAUAAUAGCUAUGAGGAACUCUCACUUGCUAUAGAUGAGCUAUUCAGUGGUCUGCUUGCAGCUCAAAAAGAUUCUUCUGCCACCCAAAACGAAAACAAGAUUGAGGAAUUAACAAAAGCAGAUGCAGAUUCAUUUGCUGGAAGUGGGGAAUAUACUUUAAUUUAUGAAGAUGAUGAAGGAGACAGGAUGCUUGUUGGGGAUGUCCCAUGGCACAUGUUUGUUUCUACUGCAAAGAGGCUGCAUGUAUUAAAGAGUUCUGCACUUUCAACUCUACGAAUUGGUAGCAAUGAGAAAGAAAGGACACCACCUGAUCCUGCAUUCCAUAUAUGAAGAGGACUUUUGAGUGGGGAGUUUUCUAAUCUUCAAGUGGAGAAGUUGUGGUGGCACAAAGUUCAAAUUUGGGUUCAAAACUUCAAAUCUAUCAUUUGCAAUCGUUUCAUGAAAAGUUGGUAUAUCAUUUGAACGGUUCUUCUGAGUUCUGAGCGAUGAUAUUCAUAGAAUAAGUUUGUGCUGGAUUGCCUGAGAUGUACUUGUAUUUCCACUUUAUGUUCCUCGUUCUUUUUGCUCUUUUAGAGGUCAACUAGGUAUUUUUGGAAAUGAAACUUGAUAGGACUUGAUGAUCUCUUUAAAUGCUUGUUGUUUGACUUAGAUUUGGUCUUACGAUGUUUAUAAUUUUUUUUUUCUUUUCUGAAAUGAAAAGAGUAUCAAUGUUUCCUGAUGA